ACCGAAACCAACAGGCAGCGUCUCGACGGGAACAGACUUGAAAGCGCACCAAAACCUCGGACAGCUUUCUUGUGAAGACAGAAGAUGUCAGUCACUUUUUCAGGGUGGGAGGCUCUUGAGGACAGAAGGCCACUGCAUUUUGGCCAGGAGCCUAAAAAGGGGCAGGUUUAUACCAUGUACCAUGGCACACACCUCAAACACGCCAAAGUUAUCAUCACCCAGGGCUUCCAGCGCUCCAGAGAUGGUCUCCUCGGUGCAGGUGUAUACGUCAGCAGAAAUAUUGACAAAGCCAAGUGCUACCCUUUGAAUGUGGACAAGAAAGACAAGGUGGUGUUUAAGCUGCAGGUCCAAGUGGGCAAGGUGAAGAAGAUCGACUCUGACAACCACCCCCUGCAGAAAUCCUGGCACCAGAACGGCUACGAUUGUGCCUGGGUGCCCCCCAACUGCGGCAUAAGCACCAUCAAGUCAGGCAGAGAGGAGGACUGCGUUUGGGACCCCAGCAGGAUUACAAUCGUGGAUGUGGCUUGCUGCAUGGAUGAGUCCACACGUGCAGACCUUCGAAAGCUUGUAAAGGCUCAGAGGAAGGCAGAAGGAGUGUGUGACCGCUGCCAUCAGGAUAACAGCUCUGGCCCGCAUCCAAUCCAGAGCUGCUGGCAGUGCGGCAAGGCUAUCUGUCCCUACCAGCACAAACAUUUCUGUAAGGAACAGUAAAACUAAGAAGUCACAGCCCUGGAAAGAUUUCAGAAAGUAGUUAUAUGGUCAUGAUUUGGCGUCAUUAAUAUUUUUUUAGAUUCUUUUGGAAUUCUGUCACAACAAUGUUGGAUAAUAAGAAUGUAUACAGUAUGUCAAAAUUGAUUGACAGGUAGAAUCACGUGGGACUGGAAAACUGAAGGUGUGCAAGACAUGUUUGUGAAUUUG